GGCAGCGCCAGGCCCGAGGUGCCCGUGAGGCUGCCCCGCCGCCUCGCUCCUCGCCUGACGCUGCUUCCCCUCCCCUUCCCUCGUGUUUUCCAGGAGGAGGCCAGGCCAGCGGCCCUCAACAUCCCCGUGGAUCGACUGACUGUAUCCUACAGCCGGAGCAGUGGCCCUGGUGGGCAGAAUGUUAAUAAAGUGAAUACCAAGGCAGAAGUCAGGUUCCACCUGGCAUCAGCAGACUGGAUCCCAGAAGCUGUAAGAGAAAAAAUGGCAUCAAUGCACAGAAAUAAGAUAAACCGAGCUGGUGAGCUGAUUGUGAACUCUGAAGAGAGUCGUUACCAGAUGAGGAACCUGGCGAUUUGUUUAGAAAAGAUCAGAGUCAUGGUCACAGAAGCUACUGAGAAGCCCAAGGUGGUGUCUAAGGAGACUGCACAGCAACUCAUAGCCAGGGUAGAAAAAAUGAACCGUGAACGAUUAAGACAGAAAAAGAUACACUCAAAUAUAAAACAGAGCAGGAAGGCAGAUUUCGACUGAGAUGGAAGUCUUUCAUGUACUACCUUUAUAUGAAAAUGUUGUUGGCAACGGUAGAUGAUACUAAACUGAUCUGGAUAGAAUAAAGUCUGUCUAAAAAUGUAAAUAAAAAACGUUUAUAAUCUGCUGA